ACCAAUUCGAUUAUUCUUUUUUUACUUUGAUCGUAAGUAGUUUUUAAUAGUUUAUAGGUCAGUAACUUUCAACAAUCUCAAUAUAAUCAAAAAGAACUCUUGCUCUCGCACAAGAUUUAUAGGCUGUGUCGGAAGACCAAAAGCCGAGCACACCGGUAAAACCAAUUUACCAAUACCCUCGUGUCAGUGACGACCUGUGGAAUCUGGAAUGGUGUUUUGAUAUAAAGUUGAAUGGUAAAAAACGAUUAAUAAACAAUCGUUUGAAAAAGAAAAUCGGAAAAUGACAAAAGUCAAGAAGGUUUCAAAAGAAGAACUUCUUCAACAUAAUCAUCGAACGAGUUGUUGGACUGUAAUCCAUGAUCGAGUUUACGAUUUUACCACAUUUCUCGAUGAACAUCCAGGUGGAUCAGAAGUAAUUUUAAGAUAUGCAGGUAAAGAUGCAACCCAAGCGUUUGAUAAUGUACAUUCCGUCAAUCUAUUAAACACUUUAAAUCCAAACCAAAACAUUGGAGAAAUUGAAGAAGUUCUAAAGAUACCUAAAAAUGAUACAAAUCUGAAGAAACAUCAAAUAGUAAUAGAAACACCUGAUCUUUCACAAGUUUUAGAUUUAAAUGAGAUUGAAGAAUUAGCAGAAAAAACGUUAAAACCAAAAGCAUGGGCUUAUUAUAAAUCAGCAGCAAAUCAAGAAAUCACAGUCAAUCGUAAUCAAUCAGACUGGAAUUUAAUUAAAUUCAGACCAAGAGUAUUAAGAAACGUUUCAACAUCAAAUCUAAAGCUUUCUACUCACUUAUGUAACUUUACUUCUAGCUUACCUUUCUUUAUUGCUCCUGCUGCAUUAGCUAAACUAGCUCAUCUUGAUGGUGAAAAAAACUUUGUUAGAGUGGCUGCAAAGUUUGGAAUAAUUUAUAUUGUUAGUUCGAAUGCUUCUUGUACACUUGAAGAGUUAGCUGAAUGUAAAGAACCAGGUCAAGUUUUAUUCUACCAACUCUAUGUAAAUAAAGAUAGAUCAAAGACAAAAGAACUGAUCAAAAGAAUCGAAAAAGCCGAUUAUAAAGCCAUCGUCUUAACUGUUGAUGCUCCGAUUCCUGGUAAACGAACACGAGAUGAAAGAUUAAAAGUCAGGAUUGGAGGUGAACAGAGUGUUUCGAGUGCUCUUGCUAGUUAUAUCGAUUCAAGUCUAACUUGGGAAGACGCAAGUGCGAUUCAAAAGAUGACCCAUUUACCCAUUAUUAUCAAAGGAAUUCAAACCUCUUCAGAUAUACUGAAAUCGAUCUCAAUGAAUUUCAAGUACAUCUAUCUUUCAAAUCAUGGUGGUAGACAAUUAGAUUCGACUUCUUCUUCUAUUGAAACUUUAAUUGAAUUCAAAACGCUUUAUCCGAAUUUGAUUGAGGUAAGUGGAACUGAGGUUUGGUUAGAUGGAGGCAUUAGGGGUGGGAAUGAUGUGGUUAAAGCUUUGGCACUUGGUGUUAAAGCUGUUGGGUUAGGUAGAUUACCAUUGUAUAGUUUGAUUUGGGGAGAAAAAGGAGUGGAAAAGGUUUGUAAGAUCUUGAGGGAGGAAAUUGAGAUUUGUUUAAGAUUGUUAGGUGUGAUUGAUAUACAUGAACUUGGAGAAGAAUAUGUUAAGUUUUGA